AUGCCUCGCGCCAAAUUCACCAAAAUCAUGUUCUUCGACUUAAUAUCAGUUUGCGUCUCAGCCUCACCAUGUUGUCUUGCUGUUUUCUGUGCUGUGAAAGGAAGAGAACGCAACACUGCUCCCGGUACGAGAGAUGAUUUCAGCAGUGAUGCCUGCGCGGUAGCUGCGAUAUGGCUCAUUGUCAUGAUCUGGGGCGCAAAUGCCCUUCGUGCUCUAAAACCUAUGGAGCUUCAGGAUCCCAUGGUCGCCUUUUCUAUCUUUGCUUCUGUUACGAUUACCCGUGCGGGAACAUUCACCACGCUGGCCGCAGGCUUGGAUUUCAUAGCCCGGCUGCUGAAGGGGUUCAUGAUUGGAUUUGCUAUUGCCACUGGUGUUUCGCUGCUUAUAUAUCCCAUCACCAGCAGGGGCGACAUGUUCCAUGAUUUCAAGGGCUACGCAGCAUCAGUUGAAGCAGUCCUUCAAGCUCAGAUAUCAUUCGUCGAAGGGAGCUCAGAGACACGCUUAUUCAAAAAACGAGGUCUCCUUCGACGAGCACGGACCCACAGAAGUAUACGGGAUGGGCAGAACGAUGAUAAAGACAAUCUGCAAGCCAAAGAGAAGAAUUUGCAGGGGGCAAUGGCCAAACUCAAUGGGUUGCACAGCAAACUUCACGCCGAUCUUUUCUAUUCCAAGAAUGAAGUCGCAUGGGGUAAGCUGUCCACGGAGGACCUGGGUGCCAUCGCGCAUCUCUUCCGGAGCCUUCUUCUUCCCUUGUCUGGAAUGUCGAUGCUGCCGGAGAUCCUAGAGUCAAUAGUCAAGAAUGAGACGCGGGACGAGGAAGCCGACGAUAUUGACGAUCUAGCAGAAGGGACAUUAAAACACUCUGAGAUUCAAAAGCCUGAUUUUCCUGCGCGAUUCGAACAAGAGUUGCACCGCUAUUACUCUCGUCGAAAACACUUACCUCAGGCCCUGGCAUCACUUGAGGCAUUUUCGGCUGCUGCGAAACAUGCUGCCGGCGCUUCCACCGAGGCAGGAUCGCGCUUCAUCGCGUCUGAUCCAGAUGUUCGACAGGAAUUUUUCAUGAUCCUGUACAUGGGCCAUCUACAAGAUGACAUGUUGAGUGCGACGCUGCAGUUGGUGCAGUUCGCCAAUAGCAAGCACACCGACGGAACUAUAAAACAUAGCCAACUCAUCUUCCCUAUACAAAAGUCCGUCUUAGCAUGGUUGUCCCUGAGCCCCGACAAGAAAGAUCCCGAGACGCCAGCAGCUAGCAGACAGUCGUCGAAUGUCGAUCCUUCAACUAUCCACCACACCCAACCUACACGGUUUCCAGAUCCCGAACACCUCCUGCCCGAAAAUAUCUGGGAAAAAGGAAGUAUAAUAUUACGUACCAUUUCCCACGUCAUCAAGUCCGAUCAAAGCGCAUUUGGGUUCCGCGUUGCUGCUGCUUCAUUUUCUGUUGGGAUUCUUGCUUUCUUGCAUCAGACUCAGGACUUCUUCAUUCGGCAGAGAUGUAUUUGGCCUAUGAUUGUCAUCGUCAUCGGCAUGAAUCCCACAAGUGGACAGACCAUGUUUGGGUUUGUUGCUCGGAUUGUUGCGACGACUAUUUCCCUUGUUCUGAGUUUGAUUGUUUGUUACAUCGUUGAUGGCAACACGGCUGGUGUGAUUGUCUUCCUAUACCUCGCAAAUGUUUUCGGGUACUACUUCUACAUCAAAGUACCGCAAUACUUUGGCGCCUGCGUCAUCUCCAUAGUCACCUUGAACGUGAUCGUCGGCUACGAGCUACAGGUCCGAAAACUCGGCUUCCCAGAAGCAACCUCAAACGGCCAACCCUACUACCCAAUCUACCUCUUCGGCCCGUACAAAUUAGCAGCAGUAGCAGCAGGCUGCGCAAUCUCCUUCUUCUGGGUAAUAUUCCCAUACCCAAUAACAGCAAAAUCGCAACUCCGCAAAUUACUUGGCCGAAGCCUCUUCGUCCUGGCAGAAUUCUACAGCUGCAUGCACUCCACCAUCGAACUAUGGCUCAGCAACGAACUAGGAUCAAUUCAAGACAAAUCCUCACCUGCAAACAACCUCCAAUCUUCCCGCCACAAACUCUUUAAAGAGGAAAUGAUGCUCCUCACCGGUCUCCGCGCCCACAGCCAUUUCAGUACCUUCGAGCCGCCUAUCGGUGGCAAAUUCCCGAAGGAGACAUAUGAUAUUGUUGUCGAUUCCGAGAAUUCGGAGUCUGGCCCGGAUGAUGAUGAUCAGUGGAUGGGGAGGCUGGCUGAGAUAGCGUUGAAAUCGGAUGGUUUCAAUUCUCAUCGUAUCACCUCCUUGUUGUGUCAUCUGUCUGCGGCUAUUUCGAAUGGUCAGCCGUUGCCGCCGUACUUGUCUACACCGGGUUCUUUCCCACUUGCCCGUCAGAUGCAGAUGAUUGAUGGGGAGUUGCUCAGCAUUCGGCAUAUCGAGGAUCCAGCUUUUUCGGCGUUCAUUUCGAUGGAGGUUUUGAGGUCAGUUGUGAGCUUCAGUUUGAAGGAUCUGAUCGGGAACGUUAAGAAGUUGGUUGGGGAAAUCAACUUUGACUUUUACGUCAGACAGACGGAUAGGUAUGCCCAGUCUUCUCAGCUUAUGUCUUAUUCUGGCCAAGAAGAACAGUAG